CUGUUGUGAGUUGUGACCGUCAAUCCACAGUCGGAGAGCGAGGAAGAGAGAGAGAGAGAGACACAGAGGCCUCGCUCCCCGCGAACACGACACUCGCCGCCGAGUCUCGCGCGCCAGGAACCCGCCAGGAGACCCGGUGCCCCCCAGGAUGGCGCAGAACGUGAAUCCGUUCAGCUCGAUGCAGAACACGCCGACCAAGGCCGCCGAGGAGAAGCAGAGCCUGCCGAAGGACAAUCACGCAGUCAGCAAACGGUUGCAGAAGGAGCUCAUGGUGCUGAUGAUGAGCACCGAGCAGGGAGUGUCCGCCUUCCCGGAGGGAGAAAACCUGUUCAAGUGGAUCGGGACUAUCACAGGACCAAGAGACACGGUAUACGCCGGUCUCACCUACAAACUGACGUUAGAAUUUCCACAUAGCUACCCGUACAGCGCUCCUAUAGUGCGCUUCGCUACACCCUGCUUUCACCCGAAUGUAGAUACCGGCGGUAACAUCUGCCUAGACAUAUUGAAAGACAAGUGGAGCGCGUUGUACGACGUCCGUACCAUUUUACUCUCCAUACAGUCCCUUCUUGGCGAACCUAACAACGAGAGCCCGCUUAAUCUCGAAGCGGCGGAGCUGUGGAACAAUCAGACAAAAUACAAAAAGUAUCUGAUGGAGGAAUAUCACAGAGCACUCGAUCGAACGCAGAGCAAUCGCAAUCAACAGGAUUCAUGAUAAGCCAUGACCAUAAUCCAUUUCGAAUCAUUUAAAUAUUAUUAUUAUUAUCAAUGGUAGGAUUAUGAUUAAGUGUAAACGAUUAAUCGGAACUUUCUGCACUUCUCACUCCCGCGAGAGAGAGCUCGUUCCGCACCCCGCAUCGUGUUUAAAUUGAAUUUUCUUUCCUCCCGAAGACAAAUGACAAUGACGAAAUUCUUCUUCACGAAUUAUGUACGUGUCACGUUGCAUUUAGUUUGUGUCUCGCAAGACUUUUGUAGGAACUUUUGUAAGAGCGAUUAUAAAUUUGUGUGAUCACCGACCUUGAAACAACUGCACUACGUUUAUUUAUUUACCAUGUGGAAACCUAUGCGUUGGUUUUUCGAUCAUUACCGCCAUCGUCUGUAUAUUACAUCUGCAUUUGAUAUUUUUGUUUGCAUUUUUACCAUUACUGUAUAGUUCUAAAAUAAAUAUUUUAAUGAUCAUAC